AUGCUCCUGGACUCCGGUUCGGAGCUUUCAUUCAUCUCGGAAAGGUUAGUUGCUCUUCUUCAAUUACGUAAGAUACCACCGCAGUUGCCCCUUUUGGGCAUCGGAGGAAGGAGCUCCGGCCGGACACGAGGAGUGGUAUCAAUCAACCUGCGGGCGCUACAUUCGGACAAUUCGCUACCAGUUGCUGCUCAUGUUCUGCCUCGGGUCACCGCCACGCUUCCGUCCGUACAGGCUUCCUCAGCUCGGUUACCUCAUCUUUCAGGACUGCAACUUUCUGAUCCGGACUUCCUCGUUCCCGGCCCCAUCGAUAUCAUUUUGGGAGCCGAUGUGUUCGGCCAGCUCCUCCUGCCGGAAAUGGUCAAGGUUGACCAGACCGCACCGAUCGCCCUCGCUACCAUCUUCGGAUGGGUAAUUCUCGGACCCCUCGUCACCGGAUCGCCUCUCGGAGAGAAGGUCGCUCUCCAUGCAGCAGCUGAUCAUGAGCUCCACGAGCUUCUCACUAAUUUUUGGAUUCAAGAGGAGGUUCCCUCGAAACACUCGCACGCUCUCACUCCGGAAGAGCAAGAAUGCGAGGCACACUUCUCUCGCACUCAUUCUCGAGACUCCUCCGGUCGCUACGUGGUGCGACUCUCUCUCCUGGGACCUCGGACUAACCUCGGGGAUUCUUACGAGACGGCUCUUCGAGGUCUUCGACGGAUUCAACGGCGCUGCACGGCCAAUCAGGCGUUCGGACGCCUCUACAAGCAGUUUCUGCAGGAGUACGAAGACCUCGGACAUAUGCAACCAGCCUCGGAAUCCUCCUUGGGCACCUCCACGAUCUUUUACCUCCCACAUCACGGGGUUUUAACCUCUAAGGGUUCGCAGCCGAAACUGAGGGUCGUAUUCAACGGCUCCAGUGCCACCUCAUCCGGGACUUCUCUCAACGACCUCAUGCAUGCAGAUGCGAAACUGCAAUUAGAUAUUUCGGACGUCCUCUUGCGGUUUAGACGGUUCCGGUAUGUGUUCACCACGGACAUCGUAAAGAUGUUUCGGCAAGUCGCUGUACAUCCAGCCGAUUGGGACCUUCAACGUAUCCUCUGGUCGGACCCUCAAGGGAAGACGGUUAGCUACCAAUUGACCACGGUCACCUACGGUACGCGAUCAGAUCCAUUCUUGGCGUCAAGGGCGCUGCUGCAACUCGUGCACGAUGAAGGUCACCGGUACCCCCUCGCUGUGCCUCCACUUCUCAAGGGCCGCUAUGUGGAUGACAUUCUCGGAGGAGGCGACACAGCCAAGGAAGCCGAGGCAGUUGCGGUUCAGCUGACUCAGCUCUGUAUGGCGGGCGGGUUUCCUCUUCAAAAAUGGACCAGCAACUGUCCUGAGCUCCUCAAGGUCAUCUCCGGAGACGGCGACACCUCAAGCUCGACCUUGGACUUCUCCGACCUCUCCACCAAGAUUUUAGGCUUAUCCUGGCAGACCCUAGCGGAUCACUUCUGGUUCUCCGCUGCCCGGACCCUUCGAGAUGCAGUGACGAAGCGAACCAUCCUCUCUGAAAUCGCACGCCUGUUCGACCCACUCGGAUUCCUCGCCCCCCUCACAAUACGGGCUAAGAUUCUUCUCCAGGAGCUGUGGCUUGAACAGCUGGGAUGGGAUGAACCACUCCCUCCCUCCACGGCUCUCCGCUGGACUACCUUCCGAACCGAACUACACGACCUCUCGGACCUCCACAUUCCUCGUUGGGUCAACCUCACCCCGGAAGCUCGAGUUGAGCUACACGGUUUCGCGGACGCCUCACAACUGGCGUUAGCCGCGGUUGUAUAUCUGCGGAUUUCGUCCUCUACAUCGCCGACAACCCUGUCGCUAGUCUGCGCCAAAACCAAGGUGGCACCCCUCAAGAGGCUUACCAUCCCUCGGUUAGAAUUGACGGCCGCUCUCCUCCUCGCGAAGCUUGCGAAGUAUGUCCGGGAUACCCUCGAGCUUUCCUCGGCACCGGUGCACCUCUGGAUGGACUCGGCGGUCGCGCUGACUUGGAUCAGCCAUCAUCCCUCAAGAUGGAAGGAGUUUGUGCGGAAUAGAGUCGGAGCAAUUCAAGACGCCUUGCCCGGCGCUCGCUGGAAAUUCAUCUCCGGGCGAGACAACCCGGCGGACUGCGCAUCCCGAGGUCUAACACCAACCCAGUUGAAGACUCAUGCUCUGUGGUGGACGGGACCGGACUGGUUACGGGCAUCUCCUCAUGAGUGGCCGACGGGACAGCCAAUUCCUCAUCCAGACGCAGCCAUGGAAGAAAGACCAAAGGUACUCCACGUUGCCACCGUGGAACAACAUCCGUUCCUCCAGCGGCUUCUUGAACGGACCUCGCACGUGCACAGUUUUCCCUCACGCGAGCCACUCAAGGCUUUCACUUCUCCUCUGAGCUACGGACUCUCCUCAAUGGCGGAACCCUCCCUCGAGCUCAUCCCCUCUCGACUGACCGCCUUUGCUGACCAUGAUGGCAUCCUCCGAGUUGGCGGCCGACUUCAUCACGCACCUCUGGACUCUGACGCUCGACAUCCGGCGAUCCUUCCCCGGGAAUCAAUCUUGGCGGGCCUCCUCAUCAAGGACGCUCACCUGCGUACCCUUCAUGGCGGUACGCAAGUUACAUUGGCUCACCUCGGGCGAUCCUACUGGAUUUUAGGCGGCCGUGCCCCGGUGAGGGCGCACAUCCUCAGGUGCGUGAGAUGCGCACGUUUCCGGGGCCUUCGAGCAGCUCAACUAAUGGGCCAGUUACCUCCCUCACGGGUCACACCGGCCAGGGCCUUCCUCACUACCGGGGUGGACUACGCUGGACCGGUGAUUCUCCGCACAUGGAAGGGGAGAGGAGCAAAAACCUUCAAGGGAUGGAUUGCCCUCUUCGUCUGUUUUGCCACCUCGGCCGUCCACCUCGAGCUGGUCUCGGAUUACUCCUCAGAUGGGUUCCUCGCGGCCUAUCGGAGAUUCAUCAGCCGUCGCGGCAUCUGCCAGACCCUAUUCAGUGAUUGCGGCACCAAUUUUCAAGGCGCCGACGCAGAACUACGCCGCCUGUUCUCCUCCGCCUCGAAGGAGCUCCACGAACUGGCCGGACGACUGACCAACGAAGGGACCAAAUGGGUGUUCAACCCUCCAGCCGCCCAUCAUUUCGGAGGAAAAUGGGAAGCCGCAGUCCGCUCAGUCAAGCAUCACCUCAGGCGGACCAUCGGAGACACGCUCCUCACUUUCGAAGAGCUCACCACUCUACUAACUCAGGUAGAGGCUAUCCUCAACUCUCGACCCCUCUGUCCCCUCACUGAGGAUCCUGAGGACCCCUCCGCUCUGACACCUGGACACUUCCUCAUUGGAGACGCUCUCACCUCUGUUCCUGAACCCUCUCUCGCCUCUCUAGCCUCCUCCCGGUUAUCUCGCUGGCAGCUUAUCCAGCAGAAGGUGCAGCAUUUUUGGACGCGCUGGGCGGCUGAGUGUCUCCACAAUUAUCAGACCAUCUCUAAGUGGCAUCAUCCCUCGCAUGAGCUGAAGGUGGGCUCGCUGGUGCUCCUCACGGAUGAGAGGUUACCGCCAUCGAAGUGGCCCCUCGCCAGGAUUCUCCAGCUACACCCAGGGAAGGACGGACUCACUAGGGUGGUUACCCUCAAGACGGCGUCCUCCACUCUACAGCGGCCCAUUACGAAGCUGGCGGUACUACCAACCCACGACGUCAAGGUCUCCUCUCCUCAUGGUUCGACAACGGGGUCGUCGAAGGCGGGCGGGUAA